UAAACACUCACCUUGAGGUACGAGCUGUAUCCGUACCAUUUUCGGGAUUUUAGCAGCAUAGAUGGCGGCUUCAAACAAGCAGUUAACGUCGUUUUUCAUAGAGGACAUUCUAUCCUUAAACGACGAUAAAAGAGAAGACUCCUGUGGCAGUUCAUGCAAAUCUGAGAGCAGCAGAGGAGAAAGCGACAGCCCUGACAGACGACCAGAUUCAGCUGACGUCACGGUUUGUCGGAGCGCUGAGGAUAAAGCGGCGUCGUUGACGGAGAUGACAGGCAGCGGCGGGAAAAAGAAGCGCUCGCGCGCUGCCUUCACGCACCUGCAGGUGUUGGAGCUCGAGAAGAAGUUCAGCCGUCAGCGGUACCUGAGUGCGCCGGAGCGCGCGCACCUCGCGAGCGCGCUGCACCUCACAGAGACUCAGGUCAAAAUCUGGUUCCAGAACCGGAGGUAUAAAACAAAACGGAGGCAAUUAACGACAGAGCACGACAAGGACUACUUUCAUAAAUCAGACGGAACCCCUUUGUUUGCUACGGAGGAAGCCUUUCUCAGAGCGUCACUUUUAGCGACAGUUUAUAAAUCAUAUCCAUACCGGCCCUAUGUAUAUGACUUACACGGUCUGAGUGUAUGGAGACCAGCACUCUGAUGACAGGGACAUUAACCUGGACUUUGUGAAUGUUCUCAGAUUAUUGUGCAUACAUGUAUUCUUAUUUGUUGUCAUUUUUGAAUUGAUCUUGUAUAGCUUUGUAUUGUGUAAUAAAAGUAUAUUUUUGAAA